GCAGUUCGUGUAGCCAGCAGCUAGAAAGCUUUCAGUUUUCCCCACCCUCUUUCUUUCUCCUUGUAAGUUGGUAAUAAGAUACACUCUUUUUUUCCCCCAAGGUUCACACUAGAGCACGGAAGAGAACUGUUUAACUUGGAAGAAUAAUAACUCUAGGCUUUUUGGUUCUUCAAAGAGAUCCUUUCUUUGUCUCCUGCUUUCAAGGAGACAGACCCUAAAAUGACAGUCAUUUCUGCCAUUAGUGGUGCUCUCUUAAUUACCAUUCUCUGUGAAGCAAGUGCACUAGUGUUGCCCAAUUCCACUGACCUAUUCCUGUCAACUAAAAAUUACACUGAUGUUGAAGCAGCUUUGAGAAGUCACCUGGAUCCUGCAAGCCUCCCCAAAGUCAGGAAAAAGCGAUAUAUCUCACAGAAUGAUAUGAUUACCAUUUUGGAUUUUCACAACCAGGUCAGAGGCAAAGUGUUUCCACCUGCAUCCAACAUGGAAUAUAUGGUGUGGGAUGAUAAUCUAGCUAAAUCUGCAGAAGCUUGGGCAGCUACCUGCAUUUGGGACCAUGGGCCUCCUUACUUGUUGAGAUUUCUGGGACAAAAUUUGUCUGUACGGACUGGAAGAUAUCGAUCCAUUCUCCAGCUGGUGCAGCCCUGGUAUGAUGAAGUGAAAGAUUAUGCUUUUCCAUAUCCUCAGGACUGCAAUCCAAGGUGCCCAAUGAGAUGCUACGGGCCCAUGUGCACACAUUAUACACAGAUGGUUUGGGCCACUUCCAACAGAAUAGGCUGUGCAAUCCACACAUGCCAUAAUAUGAAUGUCUGGGGAGCAGUUUGGAGCCGAGCUAUUUAUUUGGUAUGCAACUAUGCCCCAAAGGGAAAUUGGAUAGGAGAAGCACCAUAUAAAGUUGGGGUGCCAUGUUCUGCUUGCCCACCCAGUUAUGGAGGAUCAUGCACUAACAAUCUUUGCUUUCCUGGAGUGACAUCAAACUACUUAUAUUGGUUUAAAUAAAUGGUACAAUAGUUCUAAUGAAAUGCAUGUGUAACAAAAUCUUGUAUAUUUAAGUUUGCAUAUAUUGUAUAUAUAAUGUAUUGAUUCAUUAAUAUUAUUAUGGACUUUAUGUAAUAAUAUGAAGAUUAGUUUUUAAGUAAUUAAUGUAAUAUUUAAAUAUUUCCCUUUAAGUGACAAUGUUACUCUUUUGGACCACUGAUAGCUACAGAUUAAUAAUGUGCCUUAAACAACAAAAACAAGGAAAAUUGGAAUAGGAAUUAAAGUGAUUAUGUUUAGACUCUUAAAGGCCUUAAAAUAAUGUAUCUUGAAAUAUUUUAUAUUUAUACGCCUGGGCACAAGAUGAACUCUAGAUUAUUAUAUCUAAUCCUUUGAGUUUUACUUGUGUGCAUAUGUAUGUGUUUUACAAAAAUGGGAAACAAAAUAUAUCCUGACUACAAAUUGAAAAGUUUAAAUAACUCAAAUUGGUAGAAUAAUAUCAAUAUGGGAUAUUUCUUUGUAUCACUAUUUAGAAUGAACAAAGUUAUGAUAUUUUUGAAAAAUGUGCCCAACCAACUGUAAUUUUAUAAAAGAACAUGAUAUUCUCCAGAAAAUUUAACAGAAGGAAAAAAAAAAUACUGAAAUUAAAAUGGUGUAUAUUUGUAGAGUUUUGUUCUCUAGUAGUAGUAGUAUCCAGUGAGCAAAAAAAGUCCAAACAUUUUCCUUUACUUAAAAAUAUAUGUGCAAUUGUGGCAAAAUUCUGUGGACUAACUUUAGUUUUGUGCUUUGAAAUAUGCUUAGUUAUGUUGCUAUAGUUGAACAAAGUUCUAAAUCAAAGCAAUGUGGCUAUCAUCCGAGGGUCACAAACACUCUUCUUCCUGUUUGUGAUACUUGAGGCCGCUGUUGUUUCUGGGUUUUGCAUUGUGAACUACUUGACUCUUAUCAAUGAUAUUCUUUGUAGGUAGAGUGGGGCAGAUGGGUGCUGCCAUACUAAUGUGGAUCCCAGGUUCAUUAGAGGAUGUGCAAUAAUAUCAGAUAGUGAAUUGUUUAAUUUUGAUAAAGUAUGAUAUAUUUUAAACAGCAUCAGGUUUAUUAUUACCUGGAUGUUCAACACAGGCCGGACUGUAAUAAUAAUGCACUCUUCUAUCCAUAUAUAAGCUAACAUUAAUUUAGAGUCAAAGAUCUUGCUUCUUAAUGGAGAAAGGAUAUUAGUUUGCUUUAUAGUAACCAAAAACUUCCCCAGCACUAAAAUAGUGACUGGAUAGCAAUUAUACUGUAGAACUGAGCUUCUGUGGGGUACAUGCUGUUCCACUUACUAUAUUCCAUAACUCAUUGGCAAAAAGGUAGUCAAGAAAUAGUUUUGUAACAUUACAAUUAAACCUGUUGACCUCUCAUCACCGUCAAUGUAGUGAGGGACUCGUCCUGCCAUAGGGAGAAAACCUCUUGAGUCCAGUAUGAUUUUAGUUGUUGUGGAAUAGGUUAUAACCCUUUCUAGGUACUAGAAGGAAUGGUGAGCAAAAAAAAUGCUAUAUAUUUAAUUUUUUUUAAAAAAAGGAGUGACAUUUAAAGUGUAAUCACUUUCAGAAGUAGUAUAGUAUGCUUUCUGGAUAGCAAUUGUACAUAUCUGAUUCUGUAUUGCAGCUGAAACUAUUACAAAGAAUAUACAUGCAUUUAUAUUUUAGUGAUAAUUAUUCUUCUACAUUGAUAUAAAUAACCUGAUUCUAUGGAAUAUUAUCUUUUAAUAACUCAGACCACAAAACUUUACUACCAAACUGGUGCAUAUGAGUUUUUAUAAUAUGCAAAAUGGUGCUAAUCUAGGGCAAAAUCCUGGCUCUGUUGAAAGCAAUGCCCAUUUUUUUCAUUGUUUUCAGAGAAACUCUGGUUCAUCUACCUAUGCAUUAUAAACACACUGUUAAUUGAAACAAAUACAACAUAAGCUAUUUCAUACGAGCAGCUUCUUAAAACAGGCAGCAGGAACUUUCUUCAUAGACCUAAAGGACUUUCAGUGCAUUGAUUGAGGAACUGACUUUUCUAUCUUAAUUAUAUAAUGAUGUUAUUAAAUUACCUGUACGGUUAACCCAAAAUCACAUAAUAUUUAUCAGCUAUGUUGGUUUCUGCCAAAGAUGGUUAAACCAUAUUUCCUAGAAGUUUAGGAUUUCUCAGUGAAGAAAAUUGGUAAUGACAGAGAAGCAUUUCAGGAAGGAAUCUGAUUACUGUCAACUAUUACUGGUCUUCAUCUGAGUUGUAAAAUAUAUCUUGGUUAUAUUCUAAGGUACUACUAGAUCUAGUUUGUAGGAGUGGCAAAGCCUAGCAUGUCUGGAUGAUAAGCCAUACUUAUCAUCUUUUGGCAGAUGUAUAUGUUGCCUGGCAAACACAUCUGGGUUCCUUGAUAAACAAAUUGAUGUGGAAAAUAUUCUUUGAGUUUACAAAGUUUGAAAACUGCCAGUUUACAUAAAAGGUAAAUCCUGAUAAAUCCUCAUUUUCUUACAUAGCCAGUAAUAUCAAUGGGUGCUUGAUCAAGUAGCUCAAUCUGAAGCCACAGUAUGUAUCUGUGCUAACAUUAAUUAAUUAAUUAAAUUACUGUGGCCUUGGACAAGCCUAUAGCAGAUAUCUGAAGCAUCAACCACCCUGUCACUAUUUUUUUCAGCAAAUAUACAGAAUCCCAGUAUGGGAAGAGUAAAUUUGUCAAAUAUGUGCAGACAUUUUUAAAGGAAAAUUAAAAUUCUCUCAAAAAAGAGAAGACAUUUGUGACUGGGCCCAUGGCCCAUUUUCUGAUUCCAACAGAACUGCUAGUUCCUCAGUAUUUUUUUUUCUUCCUAGAAUUUUCUUGCAAGUGCAGGGCUAGUUUUUUCCAAUCAAACAAAUGUUGAUCUGCUGGUUGUGACAGGAGUUGACAGAAUGGCUUGCACCUGAGCCUGAUGUGCCGGGCUGAGACAGGGUGAUGGGCCAAAGUCAACCGGUUGGAUUUUAUGCCUAAGGCAGAAGUCAAAAUCGCCUACUUUAUAGGUUGGUGCCUUAACCACUAGACCAAAAUGUGUUGGUAUAUUGUCAUACCAAUUUAACUCUAAAGCUGGUGCUAUAUUAUAUAACUAAGGUGCUACAUUACUUUAUCAAUUAUCGUGUACAUUUCAGUUACUCAAAAAUAAGGCAAGUUGGCUUUAAUGAAAUUUAAGUGGCUUAACAACAACAGCAGAGCUGACCUACAACAGUGAUCUAAGAUUAUGACAUUAAUCUUCUGACCAAAACACUCAUUGAUAUGGUUAUAAAUCAAUUGUUUAAAGAUAGCAUACAUUAAAGAGUGUCAUUUCAACAUGUUUAUACAAAACUGUAAGAGUCUUGGUUGCAAUGAGCUUAAAUAUACAUGUACAGUGAGAAUUUAGCACAAUAAUUUAAAAAGAAUGGAUGUGCACUGAAUUCAAAGCAUAACCAAAAGUCAAAACUAGAAAGAAAACUUCAUUAAAACAAGGUGCCAAGAAAUCAAACCUCCAUAUAUCUCACCACAGAUAGAAAAUGCUGCACCAAUACUUCACCAAGGAACCAAUGCAAAUAGCUUUCUGAUAUGUUCCUUGGCAUGAGGCAAUCUAAGAUAUUUCACUCAUGAAGUCUGAACUCAUGAACUAAUAUAUCAAAAUGUAUGAAAUUUAAGUUUUAAAAGUAACUUGUGGAUCUAAUAGAUACACAUUUGUAAAUAUGUAUAUCACAGAAGUCUAGCCAUCAGAAAGCUCUGAAUGACUUUGCUUGCAUGUAUGCACACUGUGGAAAAAUAAAAGUUUGCUGCUGUAUAAGCAAGCUUGAUUAGCACACUAAUGCAACUUAAGUGAUAACACAUUAGGUAAUUGUUGUUGUUGCUUCUGCAAAAAGAUUAGUGUCACUUCUUUUCCCUUUCUGGCUGGAACACAGUGCUAUGCUUCCCUUAAUGGGAUGAGUUUUCAGUUGAAGAAGAAAUGAGCUAAUUCUUCCUCUAAACCAGUGUUUCUCAAUCUUGUGGGUUUAAGAUCUCUGGAUUUCAACUUUCGGAAUCCCCCAACCAGUAUGACUGGCUAGGGAAUGCUGGAAGUUGAAAUUUAGAUAUCUUAAAGUUGCCAAGGUUGAGAAACACUGCUCUAAAUUUUCCCUCUGUGUUCUUCUAUCCUAUUGAAAAAGAUUUAGAGAGCAGGCCAGGUAGUGCAGGAAGGAAAAGAGAGGAAAUAAAAUCCUGUUAAGCUAGUGGAAAUUUACUAGUGAUAUAUUAUACACCACUCUUUAUAUUAUUAGAAAAGUAAGUGUAAAUUAUCCCUGUUAAUUUCAUGCCUAGUCUUGCUCCUCCCUGUGCUACCCAGAUCUAGAAUAUCUCAGUGGUGGGAUUCAACCAGUGUAACGACCGGUUCGUUGAGCAUGCGUAUCACUUUGAACUGAUAACUAAAAUUAGUCUGAUUUAUCUGAACAACCUGAAAUUGCCUUUCUUUUAUAAAUCAUAGUUAAAACUAAUAUUUAUGCGUUAUGUUUAAUUAAAAUGGAGUAAAUGAGUCUAUAUCUCUUACUAUGAAAGAGGAAUGAAAAGUCAACUUACGCACAACAAUGAGAUAGAUAAUUUGAAGAACGCACAAGACCUAGGCUCAUUUGCCCAUUGUUAAAUCAUAGUUUAGUGUUAUAUCUGAAAAUAGCUAAUAUCUAAAAGAUUGUGAGAUCAACUUUCCACCUUGUAACGUGAUAUUGUUAAUACCUGGAAUCAGCAAUUAAUGUAUUUAUAAAAUAAAACAACCAUUUUUUCUUCUA